CUCGUGCAAGUCGAUCUCGGGCCGUCCGUCGUCCUGGGAUCGUCGCUCAUGAUUAGCGCGAUUGCGCUGUACCAGGUGCGGGCGGCGAGGCCGGAGGUGUCGAGGGACAAGGACGUGUUCUUUAGCUCUAUAGGAUUGCUGUGCGGGGGGAUUUUGAUCUUUCAGGGAUGGCGAUUGGAUCCGUUGAUGCUGUUCGGGCAAUUACUCACGACUGCCACCGCGGUGGCGUUCGCGACGGAGACGAUUUCGCUCAGGCAAGAGUUGCUCGACGUC